CGCGCUCGGGGCCCACGUCUAGGGCGCCCCCGAGUCGGAGCUGCAGCCAUAGCCGCUGCUUCCACAACCAUGUACCGCAGCGGCUCCCGCUCCUCCGUCUCUUCCCACCGGCCUAAAGACAGCGGCUGUGGGGGCCCGCGCAGCGGCCGCAGCUCCGGCUCCUCCUCAGGCCCGGCUCGCCGUACCUCGUCGCCGCCCUCCAGCUCCUCCUCAUCGCGGACCUCGGCUCGCCGGCCUCGCUCGCCCUCAGGGCACCGCAGCCGCCGGGCCUCGCCGUCCCCGUCGCGGGGUCGCCGCGGCUCCCCGCCCCCGUCGCGGGCACGUCGUGGCUCCCCGUCGCCACCGCGAAGCCGACGACUCUUCCCGCCGGGCCCGGCUGGCUUCCGAGGCAGCAGCCGGGGGGAGUCCCGCGCCGACUUCUCCCGGGACGGCCGCGGAGACCAUCCAGGCGACAGCCGGAGACGCUCUCCUGGUCUGCGUUCUGAUUCUUCUUUGGAACAGAGCUUAAGGAUCACCGUUGGCAAUGAUCACUUCUGUGUUAGUACACCAGAACGGCGACGGCUUAGUGAUCGUCUGGGGUCACCAGUGGACAAUCUGGAUGACAUGGAUAGGGAUGAUCUGACUGAUGAUUCUGUUUUCACUCGAAGCUCUCAAUGCUCUCGGGGUCUUGAAAGAUACAUUUCCCAGGAGGAGGAGCCUCUCAGUCCCUUCUUGGGACAACUUGAUGAGGACUACCGAACAAGAGAAACUUUCCUGCAUCGAUCUAAUUAUAGUCCCCAUAUCAGUUGUCAUGAGGAACUGUUGCGGGGAGCAGAACGAAAUAGAGAAAAACUCAAAGGCUCCUACUCUGUACGAUCUGAGGAGAGGAGUCGAGAGGCCAAAAGACCCCGUUAUGAUGACACAGAGAAGAUACACAGCAUGGGAGGGGAUCACCCAAGUUUUACAUCAGGGACUCGGAAUUAUCGACAGCGUAGACGAAGCCCAAGCCCUAGGUUUCUAGACCCUGAGUUUCGAGAGCUGGAUCUUGCAAGGCGAAAGCGAGAGGAAGAGGAGGAGAGAAGCAGGAGCUUGAGUCAGGAGCUGGUGGGAGUUGAUGGUGGUGGCACUAGUUGUUCCAUCCCUGGCUUGUCAGGUGUCCUAACAGCAUCAGAACCAGGAUAUUCUUUGCAUCGGCCUGACGAAGUAUCUGUGAUGCCCAAGAAGUCCAUUCUGAAGAAGCGAAUUGAGGUGGACAUGGAGCCUUCUAUGCAGCUUGAGAAUUUUUCCAGCAGUACCAUCUCCAGCCAGGAUCACCCCCUCUAUUCUGGACACUCAUCUAUUCCACUAAGUGGUGCUAUUGCUGCUUUUGCCUCAGAGAUUGAAAAUAAGGGGACUGUGGUAGAGACUACCCUGAAAGAACCUCAGAGCAACCUCUAUCAAUGGGGUCCCCUUCCUGGGAUGCCCAAAGACAACAGUCCUCUCAGAGAAAAAUUUGAAGGUUUUCUGUGCCACAAGGAAAAAUUGGAUUUGAAAGCUGAGGGACCUGAGCGACACACAGACUUCUUACUGCCCCAUGAGAGAGCUAGCCAGGAUGGCAGUGGCUUCUCCCGCAUUCUUAGCAUGCUGGCUGAUUCUACCAGUACACAGGAAAAAAGACGACGUAGCUUUCCUGACAUUGAGGAUGAAGAGAAAUUUCUCUAUGGGGAUGAAGAAGAGGAUUUAAAGGUAGAAUCCGUACCAAAGUCUGUUGGGAGCUCUGAGAGUGAAGUUGUGAGGCAGAAGGCAAACUCUCUGCCCUCUUCAGCCCCAGCUGUAAAGCUAGAAUCAUUAGAAGAGACCAAUCCUGAAUAUGCUAAGAUUCAUGACUUGCUCAAGACUGUAGGGCUGGAUAUCGGGGUAGCAGAGAUUAGUAAACUGGCUGUGCGCACUCAGGAACGACUUCAUGGCAAGAAGCCUUCAUUACGCUCCUCAGCUGACCGCCGUUCUUCAGUUGACCGACAUUUUUCGACUGACCGCUGUUCCUCAGUUGAUCACCGUUUCUCAGCAGAUCGACGUUCCUCAGAUCCCCACAGACUGGAAAGCAGGGAUGCACACCAUAGCAAUACUCAUUCCCCAGAGGUGUCCCAUCCACACCCAGCCUCCCCUGUGGAUCCUUACCUACUCACAAAAAAUAGCCCCCCAUUCUUAAAGUCUGACCAUUCAAUGGGUCAUAUUUCAGGAGCAGAGGUGGUUGGCAGUGGGUUUCAGUCUUCUGUUGCAGUCAGGUGCAUGUUGCCAUCAGCCCCAUCUGCCCCAGUGAGACUUCCACAUUCUGCUUCUUUAUCUCAGUUUCAUAUGCCACGGGCCUCUCAGUUUUCUGCAGCACGAAUACCUCCAAACUACCAGGGACCUGCCAUUCCCCCUGCUUCUUUUGAUGCCUAUAGGCAUUACAUGGCAUAUGCAGCUUCAAGAUGGCCCAUAUACCCCACCUCUCAGCCAUCAAAUCACCCUUUAGCUGAACCACACAGGAUAAUGCCAGUAACCAAACAAGCUACUCGUAGCCGUCCUAACCUCCGUGUGAUCCCCACUGUUACUCCUGAUGAGCCUAAACAGGAGGAGUCGGUGCUAGGCUCAAUUCCUGCAGCCCAAGUGCCUGUCCAGGUGUCUAUCCCAUCACUCAUAAGAUACAAUCCGGAGAAGAUCUCUGAUGAGAAGAACCGUGCUUCCCAGAAGCAGAAGGUUAUUGAAGAGAGGGAAAAACUAAAGAGUGACCGGGAAGCCCGCCAGAAAAAGAUGUACUAUCUCAGGACUGAAUUGGAGCGGCUUCAUAAACAACAAGGGGAAAUGCUACGCAAGAAACGAAGGGAGAAGGAUGGCCACAAAGACCCGCUGCUGGUGGAGGUGAGUCGGCUUCAGGAUAACAUUAUGAAGGACAUUGCAGAGCUCCGACAAGAGGCAGAAGAGGCAGAAAAGAAGCAAUCUGAACUGGACAAAGUGGCUCAAAUCUUGGGAAUUAACAUCUUUGAUAAAUCUCAGAAGUCUUCAAGUGACAGUAAAGAGCCUACAGAAAAGCCUGGGAAAGCAGAAAAAUCUAAGAGCCCAGAAAAAGUAUCAUUAUCUUCUAACUCCUCCUCUAACAAGGAGUCAAAGGUAAACAACGAGAAGUCCCGUACUAAGAGCCCUAAGCCUGCCGAAAGCCCCCAGGCAGCUACUAAGCAGUUGGAUCAGCCCACUGCUGCUUAUGAGUAUUAUGACGCUGGCAAUCACUGGUGCAAAGACUGUAAUACCAUCUGUGGGACCAUGUUUGACUUCUUCACUCAUAUGCACAAUAAGAAGCACACACAGACACUGGAUCCCUACAACAGACCUUGGGCUUCAAAGACCCAGAGUGAGGCCAAGCAAGAUGCUAUAAAGCGCACUGACAAGAUAACUGUUCCAGCGAAAGGCUCUGAGUUUCUGAUUCCUAUCACUGGAUUUUACUGCCAGCUCUGUGAGGAAUUUUUGGGGGAUCCAAUUUCUGGGGAGCAACACGUGAAGGGUCACCAACAUAAUGAGAAAUAUAAGAAAUAUGUGGAUGAAAACCCAUUAUAUGAGGAGCGGCGGAAUCUGGACCGUCAAGCUGGCUUGGCUGUGGUCCUAGAGACAGAACGGCGACGGCAGAGUGAGCUAAAGCGCAAACUUAGUGAGAAACCAAAGGAGGAGAAGAAAGAAAAAAAGGCAAAGGUCAUGAAAGAAAUAAAGGUGGAUGACAAGGUCUCUGAUGAAUUAGAAGACCAACUCUCUGAGGGUAGGAAUUCCCCUGAAAAAGUCGAAAAUAAAAGGAACAUUAUCAAACUUCAAUUAAAAGAAGAGGUAAAGAAGGAAUCACCAACUUCAUCUUCUUUUGGGAAAUUCAGCUGGAAGAAGCCAGAAAAAGAAGAGGAAAAAAGUUCGGUGGUGGCCCCAAGUAUCCCUAAAGAAGAGAUCAUGGAAAGCAGUAAAGACAAAGAGGAUGGCAAAGCUGAAGCUGGAAAGGCAAAACCCAUCAAGAUCAAGCUCUCCGGGAAAACUGUUGUUGCGCAUACCAACCCUUGGAUGCCUGUUGUAACAACUUCAACACAGACUAAGAUCCGACCUAACCUGCCUAUUCCAUCCACAGUACUCCGCAAGUCAGGUUCAGCCACAGUGAGCAAACCAGCUCCUCUUAACACCUUUCUGUCCAUCAAAUCCUCUGGAACAACUGCUAAACCUCUGCCAGUGGUUAAAGAGUCUUCAGCUGAUCUUCUCUUACCUCCAGACAUCAUCUCUAAAGCAUUUGGAGGGGAAGAGGUAAUUCUGAAAGGGUCUCCAGAUGAAAAAAUGGUGCUGGCUGAAAAAAAUGAGCCAUCCCAUAUACCAGAGCCAAUGCUACCACCUCCCCCACCCCCAGCUAUACCUCAUCCAGCUGCCCCAUCUGCUGCACAAGCAAAUGUUGUCUUGACUCCAGUAAAAUCAAAUCCAGUUGUAUCUCAGACUCUCAGCCCUGGAUUCCAGGGUCCUACCAUUUUGAACCCAGUGUUGCCUGCAGCCAUCAUGGCUUCAGCACAUCCAGCUCCCAUUCCUUCUGAUGAGACAGCUCCUGGGGUGAGUGAGAGUGACCGGGACCAGACCCUGUUCUCUGUGUUAGUACGUCCUCCGCCACCCCUCUCAAGUGUGUUCAGUGAACAAGCAAAAAAAUUGGAGAAGCGAAAUUCAUGCUUAGCCACAGCCAAUGCUAAGGACCUAUAUGACAUAUUCUAUAGUAGUGGUGGAAAGGGGGCCCCUGAGACUAAGCUGAGUGGUGGUCUGUUGGCCAACGGGGAAAACAGCAGCCUCUCUAAACCUGAAAGUUUAGACAACUCUUCGACUUCUACUUUGAACAGCAGUGCAUCCCAAGAGAAGUCUCAAGAUAGUGGUUUGGCUACUGCUUCUAUAGUCAACAACUCUGAAAAGCCCAUUGCAAAAACUCUGGUGCCCCUAGGGAAGUGGUCAGUGGUAGAACAUAUAGACCCAAAAAGCAGAGGCAGCAGCUAUGGCUUCUUACAGCCUCUGACAAGGUUAUGUCAAAGCAGACCUUAUGAAACUCUUACCCCAAAGACAGAUACUUUGGCUAUGUGGACUUCUAGUUCUUUCCAGAAUGACACUAAUAGGGAUAUAUCUCCAGAGGAGAAAACUGACCUUGACCUAGGAGAGCCAGGGCCACCUGGUGUAGAAGCAACCCGUCAGCUCUUAGAUAUACACUGCUAUACCAAGAAAUCUAAGAAGUUAGUAGAAAUCCACCUCAUUGAAUCUGGUAACCAGCAUAAAGAAAGCCAAGAGCUUCAAUAUUCUGAGGAUUUUAGAGAAAGUGAGGUAGACCCACACAGUGAACUAAAAGGAAGGGUAGCAAAACUCUCUGAGGGGGUUAUUGAAGAGGGAGCCAGGAUCAACACUGGGCCACACAGCAUAGAAAAUUCUAAUCUAAACCAUGGGAACAGGUACAUGUGGGAAGGAGAAGUAGAACAGCCUAAGUUGCUAAUGAUUGACAAGGAGGCUGAACAGUCCAAGAAAUUGAUAACAGGAAGUGAAACUACAAGUAAAGUAGCGAUUGAAUUGAGUGCACAGGCUCUCUCUUCCACAAAGACAAAACUAGACUCAUAUCCAUCAGAAGCUAGGGCAUUACUCUUGAACCCACAAGAUAUACCUAUGAAAAUUUCUCCAGAAUUGCAUCUUCAGACCCCAGUCAGAUCUACUGUGUGUUUAACAGAUAGUUCACAGGAACAAAGAGUUUCAGCUGGUAGUGAGGAAUGCUUAGAAAAUUCAGCUCCAGAACCAGCAUCUAGAACUUCUAGGUACAGAAGCCUCCAACUCAAGAGAGAAAGAUCAAAAGACUUUCAAGGUCAAAAGAUCUAUGAGCUGACUGUUUGGGAUGAGAACAGUAAGAAGCCAAAGACCUGGGAGAGCCCAGAGAAACCAGAAGUAGAAGCUCUGGAGCUACAAGACGUCCAUCCAGAAUUAACAGUGACAAUAGAAAGCAAGGCCUUAGAAGACUUCAAAGCUACAGACUUAAAGGUAGAGGAGCUUGCCACCCUGGAUAAUCUGAGGAAUAUGCAUGUUGAUAUCUGUAAUACUCAGGUAGAUCCAGCACAUAGAUCACCAGCCACCCUGUCUCAGAAAGUAUGUGAAGAAAAUUCUGUAUCACCUCUAGAGUGUAAUCCCUCUAUUUGCACUGAUUUUGAAUCAAUCCCAUCUUUUUCUGGUUUUCCAUUAGAUUCUCCCAAAACCUUGGUGCUUAACUUUGAGACGGAGAGUGAACAAAACUCAUCUAAUCCAAGAAGUAGAAUCACUUCUAAUAUUUCGAAAACUGAAUUUCCUCUAGAAAAUAUUGACCGUGGCUUGGGGGCCCUAGAGGGAAUGCAUCAGGCCCUUGACCUGUUAGCAGGAGGAAUGAUGCCUGAGGAAGUAGAAGAAACUUGCCAAUUAGAGAAACAAGAGUCACUCAGAUUGGAAUCAGAAACAGUUAAUCCUGCAGGCCUCGGGCCAUCUCCUUGCCUUCCAGACCUUGUUGACUUUGUAACACGGACUUCUGGGGUUCAGAAAGAAAAACUGUGUUCUCUACUCUCUGAGCCAGGUGACCCUCCUAAGUAUAGUUCCCUGGAGAUGGGCCCACUACCACUAGAAAUACCUGAUGCAUCCAUCACAGACACAGCACUUCCUCAAGUAGAUGAGGACAAUGGCAACACUUUGAAUUUUGUAAAAAAUUCAGCUUCACAGUCUUCUCCAAGGGAACAGGUAGUUGGAGGCAAUAUGGUCCCUGAGGAAAUGGUUGAACGAGAAGCUACAAUUGAUGCCAUCCAGGACCACACAGAAUCCAGUGUUUACAAGCAAGAAUAAAUACCCAGAGUUAUUUGUGGAUGAAUUUAAUUGGCUUCUAGAAAUCAGACACCCAGAUGAUUCAGGACUAGUUUACUAUCUCACCUGGAAUCUACACCAAGAGAUGCAGUCAGCUACAGUACAUGUUUGUGGAAACUAAAAAAUUUACCUCCUUUUUUCCUUUCCCUUUAAGAUACCAGACAAAUCAAUCAUAACUUCUAUACAUAUCUGUAAAAAGUGUUUUCUGUUCAUUUUUUUGUUUGUUUUGGCCAAUUUUGUCAUUAAAAUCAAAUGUCUAUUUGCCUCACCUCAUAGUGUGCUCCAAUUGUAUUUUGGCUUUGACUCUGCCAUUUCUGGAAUGUGGGGGAGGAGGGAGGGAGAGAAGACUUCUCCAAUUGCUGUGUUGUAUUCCUACCCAAUUUCCUGGGCAGCUGAUGGAUCUCUGGAGAAACACCAGAGAGCUUACUGAAGUGGAAAACUUGAAAGAAGAAUUGUUCAUCUUUAGGCUUUCAUUUGGAUGCCUUAACAUUGUUUGAAAUGUAUCAUUAGUAAUUGUUUUGUUACUGGCUACUCCCCUUAUUGGCAUGUCAACUCCUGUAUGUACCUCCCUUACUCUGUUGCCUUUGCUUGAGAUGGUCCUGCUAACUCACAGACCUGUAUGGAAAUGGCUCAGUAAACAUGGAAGAAAACCUGGCAGGCUCACUUUUGGAAGACGACAAAUCGGUAAGGCUUAAUAUUCGUGGCUCAGUUUUGGAAGCAGAUAUACUUUUGGGGAUCACUUUUUUUUUUAAAUGGCCUUUUUCAUUGUAUUGUGAUUCCUUAAUACUUUGUACUAAAUUGUGUUAAAUUGUUCAGUGGCCAUUUCUGUACUGAAGAGGUAGAAUCUCAAAUUUGUCUUGGGAUCGGACUCAUUCCUUGUUCCACAAACCUACUGUAUCUUUACCUCCUUCCCUGAGUUAUGUCCACCAUAGUGUGAUGUUUUGAGUUGUACAUUUUGUUAAAAAGAUUAAAGAAUUUAUGAGUUGUCUUGGGCAAGUUUAACUUU